GACAUCCAGAAAACUGAACCACAGUCGGACAAUCGUAUGGUUAGAAAUAUACACCGAGUUCUGUUCCAGAACGAAUUUCCGUUACGUAAUGAACUGUUCCGGAAAGGUCGAAUGGCUUAUGUUGUUGAUUUGGAGGAAGAAGAAAAUGAUCUACCAACAACGCUGUUACGUUCUGUUCACGAUUGUCCGGUUAACGAGAGUACUCACGACAUAAAUACAAGCAAUAUGCUGAUACAGGUUUACCUAGCUCCAACACUUCCGUUAUCAGAUUUUGUUUAUCUGCGAUAG